UUGACUCAGCCAAUCAUUCAUCUCUUGUGGCGAUAUAAACAAGUGUUGAUUGCUUCUACAUGAAGGAAGAGUGUCCAAGGCCCCCCUGAAGGCAGGCUGGUGGCCACCAAAUGGCUCCGCGGUCGCCGCCGUCCGCUGCCGCUCGGUGGGCCAAGCCCCGGCUCGCGAACUGGAGGGUGCUGCCGCUACUCCUCCUCCUCAUCUCCGCCGCGUCGCUGCUGCUGGCAAUCGGAUUCCUCCGGGCGGCCUCGGGCGGCAUGCUCCGCCGCGCGAACGCCCUCGGCCGACAGUGCGCGCCGGGACUUGAGGGGAGCUCCGGAGGCGAGGAUGGAGCAGGACAUCGGCGGAGGAUAGCGAUGGUGAGUUUCUCCGACGAGGGCGGGGGGCAGGGGCGGGGACGGGGGCGGUCGUUCAGUGGCGUGGGGAAGGCGGUCGCGGGGAACAAGCAGGCGUACGCGGCGCGGAUGGGUUACGUGUUCGUGGACGCGGGGGGAAUGGUGGAUCACAGCCGUCCGCCGAGCUGGAGCAAGAUCUUGGCCGUCCGAUCGCAUCUGCCGCACUACGACUGGGUGUUCUGGAACGACGCUGACACGAUGGUGAUGAAUCCAGCAAUAUCAUUGGAGAGUAUCCUAUAUGCUGUGAUUGGGCACACGAAUCUUGACGCAUCUCCCGAUCUCGUCGUGACUGAGGACACCAACGGGGUUAAUGCAGGCGUCUUCUUCGUGCGGCGAUCGGAGUGGAGCGACAAGUUCUUGCAGACAUGGUGGAACCAGACGUCCUUCGUUCGCUUCGGAUCCACCAAGAGCGGCGACAACGACGCGCUGAAGCACCUGCUCCGCACCCUCCCGGCGGAGGAACUGGGAGCCCACGUCGCUGUGUCGCCCGCGCAGUGCCUCUUCAACUCCUACCCCUGGGUUCCCACGCUCAAGUCGCUGCACCGCCUCUUCACCUCGCCGCGGGCUACCUGGAACGGCGUCUACUCCGACGGCGAUUUCCUAGUCCACCUCGCUGGCUUGGAUGACAAGAAGAAGUGGCUCAUCAACAUGCUUGACGAAAUGAGACCUGUUUAGCGGAGAACAUUCCCUUCUGUUUUAUGCUCUCAAAGAAGAGCCUGGUGAAGGUAGUCAAAGAAGAGAUACAGGUUUUGUAACGUAUGUAUGUAAUCGUAGAUACGUACAAAUACUGUUGUAUAAGAAGAUUAGAUGUACAGAAAAAGGAUUUAUUAUUCCUUAAAAUGAUUGAAUAAAGGGCUGUAAAUUUCAGUGUCUGUCAUGCUACAGUCUCAAUCAUGCAG